AUGCCUGCGCCACUGGCCAAAGGCACCGGCUCGCACUUGGCGUCUUCGCCAGGCAUCACUCAAACCCCGCCGCAUCGUCCUAACCACCCCUUCACAUCAGGCCUCAUAAUCGCCGCGUCCGUUAUCGUCGCCGCCGGAAUCGCCAUCUACGAAUCGCCUCAAGUCCGACAAUGGGCCGACCAGACCCGUCGCAAGAUCGCCGUCGCGCUGCACAACCUUGGCGAUGACAUCCAGCCUCGCCGCCCAAGCGAAUCGUCCGAUGAUUUUGAAGCGAGGAAGCGCAGAAGAGAAGAGUUGGUCAGGAGAAACAGGAAUGAACUGAUCAGGCGGGCAAGGGAAGAGGGCGUUGCUGUCGACUUGGAUGAACUGGCUAGGAUCGGUGCUGAGACGGCCGAGGUGGCUGCAAAGAGGUCGAGGGCUGAUCGGACGAGGAGCUUCGAUGACAUGGUUGGCAGCGAUGGCAUGCUCAGGGACAACGCAACGGCAACUGGUACGGACAACUCGAAUGGCAAUCUCAAGAAGCGCGGUGCUGCUGGCUUUGCCGCCGGCUCGGCUGCCGCUGCUGCCAUGGCCAACCCCUUCUCUGACGACCAAGUACUAUUCGACCAUGACUACGACGAAGACGCACCCGCACCCAAGGAGUUCAUUUACGAAGAACCUGCCACUCGCGAAAGCUCUGCUACCAUUCAGCCCGAGGUCGUCUCAACACCCGCCACUGGUACACUCGUCGACCUCACACCCGACCCUGAGACUUCCAUUCCUGAGACCUCUUCGCCCGCACAGCCCGCACAGGAUGACGUUGACCAAGCCGCGCAAUCAUUCUACUCCUUCACAUCCUCCACCUCGGAAGCAGGCGAACCUGCUCCAUCUCACCCCUUCUUCGAUGACGACGCUGAGCACGUCUCCACCGGUACCCUGACGCCCCGCUCCGAGCGCUCAAUGACCAUGAGUGCUGCCUCAAUCACUGACAGUCAAGCCAACGAUGUCGCCAUCCUUAGCAUGCCGAACAGCGAACAGAACGACACGGACCACGACGCGCGUUCCGAAGGCGGCUUCACAGAUGCUUUUUCAGAGGGCGGCUUCAGCGAGUUCGACAACGACAGACAGGGCAUCAUGACACCCACUUCCUGGACAGAUGUUGGCAGUGAUGAUGACAGUGAGUGGGGUGGUGCUGGUCAGGCAGGCCACGUCAGCCAGAUACAUCAUGACCUGCAAACCUUCUUCAUCCACUACGAAAGAGUCACAUGCCUAGCCAACGAGCUCCUGGCCGUCAUGCAAGAAGCCUAUUACUGCAUCGUACCUGAGCUCUUCAAUAUGCAGAUGCUAGCCAAGAUUGAAGAAUAUAGGCCACAAUUAUUAAUGGCUACAGAGCGUUUCAAACAAAUUGCAAGAGUGUAUCGUGGUGGAGUUCGCUCAGAAGCGGAGUAUGGAAGGCAAAUGGAGUGGGAGGUGGAUGCGCUGGAGGGGUUGGUCAGGGAGGCUCAGGAGGCUUUAGUGGGUGGGUGUCCAAGAAUGCAUACCCCACGUACAGCUCACGCGAUCCCAGUACCAGCCUUCUCCAAAACACAGGGCUUCAUCCCACCAUAUCAGUCGCCUUUCACGCUUACGAUGCCGACAGAUGCCCGCGGCCAAGCACACACCGGCACCUAUGGCCUCUUCGAUGACCCAGAUGAGCUCGCGCAAGCCACUUCACGCGAAGAAGCUCACGAGAUUCAGCGACUUGAAGGUCAGAUCCGACGGCAAAAACGCCGCGAUAGACGUCUAGACCGUAAAGACGAGAAGGCGGCGAAACGAGCAGCCGCGGGAAAAGAGUCAAAAUCGAGAAUAACAUCGUUGUUUGGCAAGCUUUUCGGGGUCAAGAGUUCUGAGAGUGUCCACGAGCCUGCGCAGUCAGUGUACAGUGAUGAUGAGGAUAGACAGGUGAAGAAGAGUAAUGGAAAGCCUCAAUACGUGAUCGUAAGGAGAUCAGUGACACCAAAGAAGGUUUACCAUGCUGAGGACGUCGAUACAUCGGUGAAUAGCCUGUGGUUAAGCGAGUGUGGUAUGGUCAAGGUUAAGAGCGACGACGUUGGUGGUUAUCAUAUCGUGUCCAAGACUGAUGUCGAGAAGAGCGACUAA